AUGGACAGUUAAAAAUAUUCGAUGUGGCAACGCCGCAUAGUGAUUUCAUUCGACGACGCGCAUGCGCAAUCGUUGUAAUAAAAGCUAUCCAACAAUUUUUAUUUAACAAAUACUUUAGAAAUUAAUAAAUUUAUUCAUAGAUCUGCGUGAUUUCGUGUGACGUGGACCCGAAUUAACUCAGCACAUUAUUAUCACUCCUGUAAAAUGUAAAGCUGAACUUUUCGCCACACCACACGAGGAAAUUUCUUCGAUAAAGUGUUGCUUUUUGCACUUUUAUCACCACCGUUCAAGUAGUUCACCAUUUACACCCUUGGAAAUUCAGCAGGUUCCAAUUCGCAGCAAUGUCCUCCGGGGCUUCGGAAUCCGGUGAAGCGGUCCAAACCCUUCCCGAACUCGACACAACCACCUCCGAAAACUCCAUAAUUUCAUCAAACCCCAUGAAAACACAAGUAGUCCCAUUGGUCUACAUCCAAACACAGUCAAAACUUCCAUUUUCAUCAAUCACCAAACCCAACAUGGUUAACACUCAACUACAAUUCGCUACACUACCCAACAUAGUCAACAAAACUCCACCAAACCAAGGAGUUAUCCUAACUCCAGUUAAAAACGUCCCAAAGGGCCAACAAUUGGUCAUUCACAAACCAAGCAACAUGCAAACGGUGACGUUAUCAUCAGGAACGUACCUGACGAUGAUCAAACCCUUGACGAAACUCUCCGAAACGAAAUCGGAACCGGGCAAAAAACUCAUGAUAGCACCAAUGCCCAAAGUGAUAAAAAAUCGCCUACCGGUGACUGUUACCACCAAUACAUUGCAGCCGAAAAUCGCAUUUAUGCCUUUAUUACCGGCGAAUAAUGUUAAAGUCCAGGAGGAUUCGGUUAAAGAAGAAGAGAAUAAUUUGGUUUGUGACGAAGUGAUUGAUUUAGACAGUCCGGUUAAGAGCGAGAAAGAAUACGAAUUAUCCAUACUGGAAGAUUCGAAUUCGUUCAGUUUCGAAGACAAGCGCAAAGAAAUACCCAAGUUUACCAAACACGGAGUUUCAAUCCUUAAAAAAAACUACCAAGGGGAAAAACCGCGCAAUUCCACUACUAACACCAACCAAAUUGUAGAUCCAGAUCCGGUCAAGUUGCAGAAAACCGAACGGAGGCGGAAAUCGAAUUUUUCCUACCGGAAGGAUUACGACGAUAUGGAGAUUGUGGAAAGUAAGGAGAAGUUUAAUUUGGACUCGGACGUGACGUUGACGAAGUUGGAAGAUGCGGAACAUUUUGAUAAGAAGCAUGUCAAGGAUGAUUUUUUAGAAAUUGAAGUUAUCAAAGAGAAGAAAACGGAUAUUAAUAUGAACGAUGAUUUUGAUUUGCAGAAGAUUCUCAAGUGGGAUGAAGGGAUUGGCAGCUUGCCUGGAAGUGAUUUAAAGUUUAUUGUGAAUGAGUUUAAUUUGAUUGAAUAUGUGACGACCGAGGAGUAUAACAAGAUUAUUGAGAAACGGCUCGCUAAAGUUAAUAAGGUAAAAAACGAGUUCCAGGAGGAGCUCCGUUGCGUCGAAUGUGGCUGUUACGGCCUCCCAUCCGAAUUCAUCACUUCAAAAUACUGCAGUUUAGACUGUCAAGAUGCCGGAAACAACAAACAAAUGCGUGAUCGCGACCUAAAAAUCAAAAAGAAGAAGAAAAAAGGCGGUGGAUUCCCACUGAAAAAAAUCGAAUCGGAUCCUUUGAGCGGUAGUGAUGAUGAUACCUCCAAUGAAAACUCCCAAGAUAAGUUUUCCUAUCCAUGGACCUGUUCGAAAAAGGGCUUUUCCUGGACGAAGUACCUCGAUCAUAUCAAGGCCAAAGCGGCUCCAGUUAAACUUUUCAAAGAUCCGUUUCCCUACACCCGGAACGGGUUUCGACCCGGAAUGAAAUUGGAAGGAAUUGAUCCGCAACAUCCGUCGUAUUAUUGUGUUUUGACCGUUGCGGAAAUCUGCGGAUAUCGAGUGAGGUUGCAUUUUGAUGGGUAUCCGGAAAAUUAUGAUUUUUGGGCCAAUGCGGAUAGUAUGGACAUCUUUCCGGUCGGAUGGUGUGAGAAACAUGGACGCGGGUUGCAAGCGCCACCUGGAUAUACGAGUGAAAAUUUUAAUUGGGUGGCGUAUUUGAAGCAAACUAAGUCGACGGCAGCUCCCAAACAUCUCUUUGCCAAUCGAGCAGGAAAUACAAUAUGCCCGAACGGCUUCCGCGUCGGCAUGAAACUCGAAGCCGUGGACAAGAAGAACUCUUCAUUGGUCUGCGUUGCAACUGUCAAAGACAUGAUGGACAAUCGAAUCCUUGUCCAUUUCGACAGUUGGGACGACAUUUACGAUUAUUGGGCCGACCCCACCUCACCUUACAUACAUCCAGUCGGCUGGUGUGACCAAUACGGCCAUAACUUAACACCACCCAAUGUUGUAGAUUAUCCGAAUCCGGAGACUUUCUCCUGGGCCAAGUACCUGAAAGAGACCAAAGCGGUGGCAGCACCGGUGCGCGCCUUCAAACAACGCCCAGCUUGUGGUUUUAAGCGUGGGAUGCGUCUUGAAUGCGUUGAUAAAAGAGUACCGCAGCUUAUCAGAGUGGCAACGGUUGAUGACGUCAGAGAUCAUCAAAUUAGGAUACAUUUUGACGGGUGGCCUGAUCGGUACAGUUAUUGGGUGGAUGAUGAUCAUGAAGAUAUACAUCCAGUUGGCUGGUGUCAAAAAACAGGUCAUCCGAUUGAGACACCGCUAACACCUGAUGAUGUUUAUGAUUUUUUGGAAUGUCCCACUGUUGGCUGUAGAGGGAUGGGUCAUAUUCAAGGACCCAAAUUUGCGACCCAUUCCGAACAAAAGUAUUGUCCAUAUGCGGAGGAUAAUAUUGAUGUUGAUCGAGUUCUACCCGAUCGGUUAUUGACACCUGAUCGGUUAGUCGAGGCUGUGGUUCCGGUAUCUAGAGAGCCGAGAGAUAAAAUUAAGCCCAGAUUAGGUCGACCACCCAAGUACCUCAAACUGGAAAACAAUGUCAAAGAACCGGAAGAGGAGGUGAAGAAACCGAAACGUAAGUACCGGAAACGCAUAAAACGCCCAAUCGAAGAAGAAGAAGAGGAGGAACAACCGGAUUCGAAAAUUAGGAAAAUCGAGUCGCUUAUGGACGAGGCGAAUGUCGAGCCCGCCGUUAAGGAAACUUGGGAUAAACACAGUAGAUUUUUGCAAGAAUAUGUGGAAGACGUUGGCGAUCCGUUACGUUGGAGUGUAAAUGUAGUUUCUGAGUUUGUAUCAACUUUACCAGGGUUGGAGCAUAGUAGUGAUCAUUUUCGCAAUUCUGAAAUAGAUGGUGAUGCAUUCUUAUCGCUCAAUCAGCGAGACUUGAUUGACAUUUUACAUGUCAAAGUUGGUCCUGCGAUUAAAUUGUACAAUGUUAUUGUGUUGUUGAGACGGAAGGUGCGGCAAGUGCGCACGUAACGCUUUAUACGUUUUUAAAUUUAUUUGUAAAUAUUUAUUAAUAAAUGCGAUGCGUUGUUAAUCCCACA